UCGGGAUGAGGAAGGCGGCGGCCCUCGGGGCCGAACUGGGCCUGCGGCUCGCCCUGCUCGUGGCCUUCCUGGUGACCGAGCUGCUGCCUCCCUUCCAGCGGCUGAUCCAGCCGGAGGAGAUGUGGCUUUACCGGAACCCGUACGUGGAAGCCGAGUACUUCCCCACCAAGUCUAUGUUUGUCAUUGCAUUUCUCUCCCCGCUGUCCCUGAUCGUCCUGGCCAAAUGUCUCAAAAAGGCAGACGCCACAGACAGCCUGCAAGCCUGCCUCGCUGCCAGCCUUGCCUUAACUCUGAAUGGUGUCUUUACCAACACAAUAAAAUUAAUAGUGGGGAGGCCACGCCCGGACUUCUUCUACCGUUGCUUCCCUGAUGGGCAAGCCCAUUCUGACCUGCCCUGCACAGGAGAUAAGGAUGUGGUGAAUGAGGGUCGUAAGAGCUUCCCUAGUGGACAUGCUUCCUUUGCGUUUGCUGGUCUGGCCUUUGCUUCCUUCUACCUGGCAGGGAAGUUACACUGCUUCACACCACAAGGCCGUGGGAAAUCGUGGCGGUUCUGUGCUUUUCUGUCACCUCUACUUUUUGCAGCUGUGAUCGCACUGUCUCGCACCUGUGACUACAAGCAUCACUGGCAAGACAUACUAGUUGGUUCCAUGAUUGGCCUGUCUUUUGCCUAUGUCUGUUAUAGGCAGUAUUACCCUCCUCUGACUGAUCUAGAAUGUCACAAACCUUUUCAGGAUGGACUUUUACUUCCCACUACACAAAAGAAGCCUGGUGAUCAUCAUUUUGCCAUUUAAACAUUGGAGCACUCUCAGUGGACAAAAGUGAAUCUCAAAAUAAGA